UUUUAAGAGCGUUGGAGAGGUGAGACUGGGAGAGUGAGGUGUAGAGUUCUUCUUAACUUCUUAUCAGAACCGCCAUUAUAGUCGCUCACUAUGUGGGCUCUUCGUCGAGCUUCUAACCCCCUCAGGUACCGGGGAUUGAGCGGAGGAAUCUCCCGGGCUUGUUAUUCCAAAUCAGAAAUAUUAUCUGGAAAUGGAGAUUUCCAGGUUAUCGAUGUCAUUGCUGAGUUUCCUCAAGGAGCGUCUGCUAUAUUUCAAAUGUGUAACGCAGAUUAUGUUCCUUCAAAUUUCUCCUUUGGGAGACGUGCUCUUUCUUCCCAAGCUGGUGCGGAGAGCAGUGAAAGCGAGAGGGACUCGGAAGAGGGAUUCUCUGAAAUUGAAGCACCAGCUACUGCUGAUGCAACUAAGGACGAGGGUGAAGUGAUUUCUGAACCCGAGCUAUCUGACGAUGAAAAUAAUGAAGAGCCCUCUCAAAAUGAACUGGAAUUAUUAGAUACUGAAGCAGAGUUGGGUGAGAAAGCAGCAUCAAGGAAAAAGGAAGGUUUGGAACUCGUUAAGGACAUCAUUGCGGCCCCAGGUUUAUCUGUUAAAACUGCUCUUGAUAAGUGGCAGGAGGAAGGAAAAUAUUUGGGUCGGGAAGUGAUCGCAAUAGCCAUACUCAAUCUGCGGAAACGUCGAAUGUAUGGAAGGGCUUUACAGCUCUCAGAGUGGUUAGAGUCAAAUAAGCGUCUCGAGUGUACUGAGAGAAACUAUGCUUCUCACCUUGACUUGAUAGCCAAGGUGCAUGGUAUCCAGAAGGCAGAACGCUAUGUCUCAAAGAUUCCUCAAUCCUUUAGAGGGGAAGUGAUCUACCGCACCUUGUUGGCUAACUGUGUUAGUGACAGCAAUGUGAAGAAAGCAGAGGAGGUGUUCAACAAGAUGAAGGACUUAGGUUUGACAAUCACAUCAUUCACUUAUAACCAGUUACUCUUACUCUAUAAGAGGGUUGACAAGAAGAAGAUAGCGGAUGUAUUAUUAUUAAUGGAGAAAGAAAAUAUCAAGCCUACCCGCUUUACUUACAGAAUCCUAAUAGACACCAAAGGCAAAGCAAAUGACAUUGAUGGGAUGGCUCAAAUUGUGGAGACAAUGAAGGCCCAAGGCAUUGAACCUGAUGUUCACAUACAGGCAGUCUUGGCUAAGCACUAUGUCUAUGGCGGUCUCAAAGAAAAGGCUGAGGCUAUUUUGAAAGAGAUGGAAGGAAGCAACUUAAAGGAGCAUCGAUUGACUUGUAGGGCUUUACUUCCUCUUUAUGCAGCACUUGGAAAGGCUGAUGAAGUUGAAAGAGUUUGGAAGGCCUGUGAGUCAGAUCCCAGACUUGAUGAGUGCAUGGCUGCCAUUGAAGCCUGGGGAAUGCUGAAGAAAAUUGAUGAAGCAGAAGCAGUUUUUGAGAGGAUGUCAAAGAAAUAUAAAAAACUCUCUUCCAGACAGUAUUCUUCAUUAUUGAAGGUUUAUGCAAACCACAAGAUGUUGACCAAGGGGAAAGAUCUAAUUAAGCGCAUGGCUGAUAGUGGAUGUCGUAUUGGCCCGUUCAUUUGGGAUGCACUUGUAAAGCUCUAUGUGGACGCAGGAGAGGUUGAAAAGGCUGACUCUGUCUUGCAGAAAGCAAUGCAACAGAUUCAGAUGAAGCCAUUGUUUAAUUCCUACAUUGUCAUUAUGAAUCAAUAUGCUAAGAGGGGAGAUAUCCAUAACACUGAAAAGAUGUUUCAUAUGAUUAGGCAAGCUGGGUAUGCUUCUCGAGUUAUUAUGUUUGGUGCUUUAAUGCAGGCUUAUACUAAUGCCAAAGCUCCAGCAUAUGGAAUGUGGGACAGAAUGAGGGCGGAUAACAUAUUCCCGAACAAGGGUUUGGCGGCACAACUGGACCAGGUCAAUGCAUUUAGAAAGACACCAGUCUCGGAUUUGCUGGACUGAUACAUAUAUAUAUAUUUCUUUUGGACAAGUUAAGUUACUUUGGUUCUCAACUUUCCUUUUGAACAUCCCUAGUUCAAUGUUCUUUAUUUUAUUUGCUCAACUUUUAUGUUUUUGUAGUUGUUUGAACAGUUUAUUCUUCAUAGGAAUCUUUAAGAUACAAGCUCUUUUACUGGGCUCGUUUGUUAUUCUCUCUA